AUGGCCGACCACCGGCAACUUAGCGCCGCCGACGUCGACCUCUACGGCGUCCUGGGGCUCAAGAAGGAGUGCUCCGACGCCGACCUCAGGCUCGCCUACCGGAGGCUCGCCAUGACAUGGCAUCCGGACCGGUGCUCGGCGUCCGGCACCUCGGCGCGCGUCCAGGAGGCCAAGGAGCGCUUCCAGGAGAUCCAGAGCGCAUAUUCGUCGCAGGUGUCGGGGAUGGGCGACUUCUUCGGGGAGAUGGCCGAGAUGAUGAGCCAGGCCACGCCAACCGAUAGCUUCGAGGAGCUGCAGCAGCUGUUCGUGGACAUGUUCCAGGCCGACCUCCUCGCCGGCGGGUUCGCGUGCGGGUUGGGCGGUGCGCCUCCUAUGGGCCGCCGGGUGCAGGCCCCGAGUCCAUCCUGUACCUCUGGACCUACGUUUGCGCAGGCACGGCCAUCAUGUACCAGCCGUGCCAACAAGCGGUGUUCAUCGGCGAUGGGAUCGCCAGGGGCCUGUCGUCCAGGGUCCGGCCCCGGCCUUUCAGUGUCAAGCUCCAAGGGAAGUGAUUGGAGGCGAGGAGAGGAGGCGCCGUGGACGACGACGCAGGAUGACGCGAGCGUCGGCGGCAGGACGAAGAAAAAGAGGCUGUCGACGGGCCACGGCGAGUCGUGCUAG